GUACUCUUCCUCUUCCUUCAUCUCUAUCUAAUCUCCAGUCCUGAUCUAUUCUGCAAUCGCUAUGCUGUUUGAAAGAGACCCAACACCAUCUUCCAUCUACUUCCAUUUUAUAUCCUCCCCUUUCGUCUAUCAGGACGAGUUCUGAUCUCGCUCAUCGUCGCCGACGACGGCCAUUUUUUUCUGGAAAAAAAAAAUCCUUUUUUCGAAUCAUUUUUCGUUUUCUCCGUCUUUUGAACGGUAAAAGGUGAGAACUUUGAAGGGUUGGUUGAUUAACUGGAGCUGAAAAAUUGUCUAAAUACCUUUAUUUUUCUGUCAUGUUUCUUGCGUUUUUCGAUCUUCGAUUGGAUUUCCUAGGUUUAUUCGUGUCUGAUCUCCUUUGAUGCGUUUAAAAUCUUUGGUUUUAUCGAAUUGUCUCUGUUUCCAUGAAUCAGUUCCCGUGCCUAUCCUUAUAACUGGAGCAGAUUCCUGCCAAGUAUCGUAAGUAAAAGCCGGGAACUUUCAUGGUUCUUUAUAUUGUUUUCUAAUCUCGGGUUAGUUUCUUUGGCUCCCCGCGUUUAAUUUCCUUUGAUGCCAAUGGUGUGCGAGUAUUUUUCUUGAAACUUCCCAUCACGUUGCUGGGGCUUUCGAUAAUUGAGGGAGUUAACUGUCAAGGUUGUAGACAAUCAACUACAUUUGGUUGCUGGGUCAAGGAGAGCAUAUAUAAUUGAACAAAUUAGGGAUUCAUUGGCUUAAUAUACCUGGAAUUACAAUAAAUGGGUUCGGAAGGGCCUUCAGUGAUAACUGUUCAUGUUACUGGAUUCAAGAAAUUUCAUGGAGUUUCUGAGAAUCCAACAGAAACAAUUGUCAGCAAUCUGAAGAAAUUCAUGGAAAAGAAAGGAUUGCCAAAAGGCCUUGUUCUUGGGAAAUGCAAGGUUCUUGAGACUGCCGGACAGGGAGCACUUGGUCCACUUUAUGAACUAUUGGAGUCUUCUGUGACUGGACGGGACAAUGAAUCUUCAAAUAUGGGGCAAAUCAUUUGGAUACAUUUUGGAGUCAAUAGUGGUGCAACAAGGUUUGCCAUUGAGAAUCAAGCAUUCAAUGAGGCUACUUUUCGUUGUCCAGAUGAGCUAGGAUGGAAACCUCAGAGGCUUCCAAUUGUAACUUCUGAUGGAAGCAUCUCACGAACACGGCAGACUUCUCUUCCUGUUAAUGAAAUUGUCAAUGGCUUAGCCAAGAUGGGGUAUGAUGUAAUGCCUUCAGAUGAUGCUGGUCGGUUUGUGUGCAAUUAUGUCUACUAUCAUUCUCUCCGGUUUGCAGAGCAACGCAGAAUCAAUUCUCUCUUUGUACAUGUUCCUCUUUUCUUGACCAUUGAUGAAGAUUCCCAGAUGCAGUUUGCUGCUUCUCUUUUGGAGGUACUAGCUUCCUUGCACUAGUACUUCUCCCAGUUCUAUGAAAAAAGGUCCCCCUGCGGAAACGUCUUUUCCAUUCGGACCUUUGACAUUUCAAGUGGUCAGAUAUCGAUCAUAGGCUAAAAGGAGAAAAAAAAAAGCUUAUUUGUUUGGUAGUCCAAAUCUUUGUAUGUCGUGAAGGUAUGUGCACAAUGAUGGCUGAUGAAAUCCACUGGAGAAGUUCAUAUGCUCGUGUCUGUUCCAUCCAUGUAUGUGCAGAAAGAUGGCUGAUGAAAUUCCUGUAUGCUUCAUGGAAUGCAAAGCAAUGCUUGUGUGUAUUUUGGUUAGAUCUUUCUUGCAAGACAUGAAUCUUGUAAAGAAGUCUAUAUAUUGCUCUAAUAAAUUUCGAGAAAAUUGUUGCCAUUUAUCUCA